GGGGGCAGAAGUGCAACAUCAUAUUAUAAGGGUCACAAAUACGGAAAAGGUAAAUGACACACCUGUGACAGGUACAGUCAUGCUGCGCUCUCUAACCGUGUCCGUGAUGUUUUGCCGGCGUUUCCAACAACUCCAACGCACCCAUUGCUCCUCUGUCAUGCAGGCUGAGAAUACUUCCACCAUAGAUGCCCUUUGUAACCUGUCAGUUGACAUCUCGAAGAUUCGAAAGAUCAGAGGCUGGGUGUUGUACCAGAGCCCAGUUUAUGUGACAGAGACUGUGAGAAUGCUGAAAACCUUAGGGGCCACAGACUCAGUGAUUACUCAAGUUCUUGAACAGCAUCCAGAGGCAAUCCUCUGCACACCGGAACAUUUAGAGGCUCAAAAGGAACUCUGGAUGUCCGUCUGCGCCAGACAAAGUGAUCUAGUUGGUAUAAUUGAAAAAUUUCCAGCCUCAUUUUUCGUCACAUCAUGCCAUAUCGACCACCAAAGGGCGAACAUAAUGUUCUUCCAGAACCUGGGCCUUAAUAAACGUGUCAUCGCUAAGCUGAUGGCGAGCGCCCCACGAAAUUUCAAAAGACCUAUUGAGCAAAACAAGGAGAUGGUUCAGGCCCUUCAGAAGAUGUACUUAGAACUAGGAGGAAAUGACACCAAUAUGAAGGUCUGGUUGCAGAAACUGCUCAGUCAGAACCCGUACGUGCUCAUGAAGUCUCCAGAAGCCAUGAGGAAUAACUUUAACUUCCUGCAUAAAUGGGGCUUCACCAGCAGUGAGCUCCUUCAGCUUCUGUCCAAACUAAAAGGCUUUAUCACAGAACUUCACCCAGAAUCUAUGGGUCUUACUUUGAGUUACUCACAAGAAAUGCUGGCCUGCAGUGACGCCGAGCUUCGACAGAUUGUGCUGCAGUGCCCAGCAUUACUGUACUACUCUGUACCCAUUUUGACAGACAGAUUCAAAUGCCUAAUCAGUGCUGGAAUUAGCUUGCAGCAGAUCAUGCAGACACCCACAGUCCUUGAGCUGACUACACAGAUUAUUCAGUAUCGCAUUCAGAAGUUGCACUCUUAUGGUCAUGAUAUUAGUACCGGUAGCCUGGAUCUCCUCAAAGGCACUAAGAAGGACUUCGAAAUGAGCUGUGGAAAACUCUUUCUGAGGCGAGAGCGUCCACUUUUUAACCCAGUAGCACCUCUAAGGACAGAAGAGUGAGAUUCUUGUGAAAAGGUGCUAUGAGCUUAACUCUAUUUAUUGUACCUCAUGGUGUGGAAUAAAACUAUAUAGGUGUAAUUACAGAGAUUAUGAUUAAUGAAUUCUGACUCCUUAAAUGUGUUUAAAAAAAUUAGCACACAAUAAAUGGGCAUUUGUAAUAUUAGUAAAUCUGAUUCGAGAACAGCUUUUACUGCAUUUCAAGCUACUGUGUUGUGUAUGAAAUACCAUCUAAUGUGUUUUAAUGAUACAAACCCUGUAAAGCUGCUCUAACUUUGUUAACAAGUCACUCAUGUAGUCAGUGAUGUAUACCACUUGAUGUUAU